AUGCCUGGGCGGUGCCUGGAGCAGAGCGUGGUGGGGGGAAGAAAGAUGGCGGCAGUGCGGAGGCAUACAGUAUUGGCCUUGAGUGGGAAGUUACCCCUGGGACUGCUACUGGUCCUGGGGCUGGGGUUGCUGUGGGCUCCUUCGGGGGGCUGGGCCCACGGGGGCAAGUACUCGAGGGAGAAGAAUGAGCCCGGGGCUCCCCCAAAGCGCGAGCCCGGGACCGAGUUCCGGAUGGAGAAGUUGAACCAGAUCUGGGAGAAGGCGAAGCGGCUUCAUUUGUCUCCCAUAAAAAUGUCAGAGCUCAAUGUUGAUCUGAAGAUGCAAGAAAAGGAUGAACUCAACUGGAAAAAAAUGAAGGCUGAAGGAUUAGAUGAUGACGGAGAAAAAGAAGCCAAGCUUGUUCGCAAUUUCAAUGUCAUUUUGGCUAAAUAUGGACUAGAUGGGAAGAAGGAUGCUCAGCUGACAAAUACCAAUUACAUCAGUGAUGGCACAGAAGACGAUGUGCUAGAUGAUCCAAGACUAGAAAAAUUGUGGAAUAAGGCUAAAACCUCUGGGAAAUUUUCCAAUGAGGAGCUGGAUAAACUGUGGCGGGAAUUUAAGCAUCAUAAAGAAAAAGUCCAUGAAUAUAACGUGCUUUUAGAGACUGUGAGCAGAACAGAAGAGAGCCACAAAAAUGUCAUCAGCCCAUUGGAGGAGGUCCACCUCAAAGAGGACGCCCUCCACAGCAAGCACACAGAACUGAAAGACAAGCUGCGGAGCAUCAACCAAGGGUUUGACCGUUUACGGAAAGUCAGUCAUCAAGGUUAUGAUGCAAACAGUGAGUUUGAAGAACCAAGAGUAAUUGACUUGUGGGACAUGGCUAAAACAGCAAACUUUACUCAGAAGGAACUGGAUUCUUUCCGGGAGGAGCUUAAACACUUUGAAGCCAAAAUUGAAAAGCAUCAUCAUUAUCAGAAACAGCUGGAAAUUUCUCAUCAAAAACUAAAGCACGUAGAGGGAACUGGCGAUAAAGAGCAUCUGAGCAGGAAUAAAGAGAAAUACGCCAUGUUAGAAGAAAAGACUAAGGAAUUAGGCUACAAGGUAAAGAAGCACUUACAAGACUUGUCUACCAGAAUCUCCAGAGGUCUUCAGCACAAUGAACUCUAGAGGUACCCUGGAGGCCCUCAGCAUAGCAUUCACUUUGUCUGCAUUGAGCAUCAGUACAAUUAUUCCCAUAGAUUUUCAUCCUUUGUUAAAAUGCUGUGCUUUUUAAUAUAGAAAACAUAGAGGUACCUUUGCAGCCGGGUCAAAGGGUCCUCACUAAGGGAGUCAUUUGCAGUUGCAUUUAUCUAACCGUCCAGCUGAAAGGUGUAAAUGUUAAGGUGGGCCAGGCACUUGAACAAUUAGUUAGUCAUCUCGAUUCUGUACUCACCAUCUGGGGCUUGGAUUGACAUAGAUGCUGUUUUCCCUCAAGCACAUAUUGAUGUCCUAUUUUUUUUUCCCUAUAAAAAAGUUUUCACAUCACACAUACAGAAAAAGUCAACUAGAGAUCAGUUUGCAUCCAUCCACAAGUCUAUUAAUAACUCAUUACUAGAAAUUUUAUAUAAAGAAAUCAUUAGAAAAAACUGAAAGUUACUGAAGUAUUUAAAUGAUCUGAUUAUUCAUAAAUAUGAAACCAGCCUUUUUUUAAAAAAAGAAACUAUCAUGUGCAGCCUUCACCACUGUGAUCUACUUUAUCACUGUAACAAAUUAAACUAAAAGAUACCAAAUA